CGGAGCCGAGCCUUCCGCGGCGGAGCGGGCUCUGCGUCCGCGGCGGGGGCCGCGUCUUCUCCCGCUCGGCCACCAGCCGGGGCUCGGGGGGGUGGGGGGGGUGGGGGGUGGCCCGGGCCCCCGGGGCAUGGCCCUCCGGCGUGCGCAGGGAGACGGCCCCACCUUCAGCCGCUGGGACGGCGCCGAGAAAGCAGAUUUUAAUGCCAAAAGGAAAAAGAAAGUAGCAGAGAUAUACCAGGCCCUGAACAGUGAUCCCACUGACGUGGCUGCCCUCAGACGCAUGGCUAUCAGUGAAGGAGGGCUCCUGAAUGAUGAGAUCAGAAGAAAAGUGUGGCCCAAGCUCCUCAAUGUCAACACCAGUGACCCACCUCCUGAAUCAGGGAAGGACCUACGGCAGAUGAGCAAGGACUACCAACAAGUGCUGCUGGACGUCAGGCGGUCUUUACGGCGGUUCCCUCCUGGCAUGCCAGAUGAGCAGCGAGAGGGGCUCCAGGAGGAGCUGAUUGACAUCAUCCUGGUGAUCUUGGAGCGCAAUCCUCAGCUGCACUACUACCAGGGCUACCAUGACAUCGUGGUUACCUUCCUGCUGGUGGUGGGCGAGAGGCUGGCAGUAUCUCUGGUUGAAAAGUUGUCUACCCACCACCUCAGGGAUUUCAUGGAUCCUACAAUGGACAACACCAAGCACAUAUUAAGCUAUCUGAUGCCCAUCAUUGACCAGGUGAAUCCAGAGCUCCAUGACUUCAUGCAAAGUGCUGAAGUGGGGACCAUCUUUGCCCUCAGCUGGCUCAUCACCUGGUUUGGACAUGUCCUGUCAGACUUAAGGCACGUUGUGCGGUUAUAUGACUUCUUCCUGGCCUGCCACCCACUGAUGCCCAUUUACUUUGCAGCUGUGAUCGUGUUGUAUCGUGAGCAGGAAGUUCUGGACUGUGACUGUGACAUGGCUUCAGUCCACCACCUGUUGUCCCAGAUCCCUCAGGACCUUCCCUAUGAGACGCUCAUCAGCAGAGCAGGAGACCUCUUUGUUCAGUUUCCCCCUUCGGAACUCGCACGUGAGGCAGCCGCCCAGCAGCAAGCCGAGAGAACAGCAGCCUCUACCUUCGAAGACUUUGAGCUGGCAUCAGCCCAGCAGAGGCCAGACAUGGUGCUGCGGCAGCGGUCUCGGGGACUUCUGCGGCCUGAGGCUCGAACACAAGAUGUCCUGACCAAACCAAGGACCAGCCGCUUUGUGAAUCUGGCAGUAAUGGGGCUGACGGUGGCACUGGGGGCUGCAGCGCUGGCAGUGGUGAAAAGUGCCCUGGAAUGGACCCCCAAGUUUCAGCUACAGCUGUUCCCCUGAAUCUGCCCAGUGCAGCAAGGUUUCGCCCUCUGGAAGGACGGGGAGGGUGAAACUGCCGUAACUGAAUGGGUUUCUGUCGGGUGUUCUGUUCCUGCCACCCUUGCCUGCCUGUCUGUUUGCCUUGGCUUGGGAGGCUAUAGCAGAGGCAGCCCAACACUGCGGGCUCCGGGACCUGGCACAGCACUCUCCUGCCUCCCCGUGUUGGGGAACUUCUGGGCCUGGGCUUCCCUGGCUGUCGGGGUACCUCCUGGCUACCCUGUAGAAAGUAAGCAUUUCCUGCUCCCAGUGCCUCAUUCUGUCUGCUUCAGAUGGACAAGGAAGGAAGAGGCUGCUGCUGAAGAGGUCAAGCCUUGGAAGGAAAGCAAGAGACAGUAGCCUGGGAGCCAGGUGGGUCCUUUUAAGAGUGGCUCCGCUAGCUGGUCAGACCCAGAGAGCCAGAUGUGAACUAGGUUACUAGUUAAAUCCUACCUAUUUUCAGCCUGGAAAUCACAAGGGUAUUCCCAGCCCAGCGAAGCAGUCUUAGUCACCUAAACUGGUUUCACCUGCCUUUUUUUCCACCUGCUUCUCUACAAGCCACGUGACAUUACUUAUAAAAGGCACUUUUAUUACUAUUUUUAGAAUUAUAUACACCUAACAUGUAAAGUAUUCUCACUUUAAAAAUAAUAGUUCCUUCAUGGAAAAAAUGGUUCUCAUCAGAAGGGUGAGCUUAUGAGAUCCUGAAGUUACCUUUCUACGCAGUUGUUCCAAAUUUCACUUUAGCCAGAGUUGCUGUUUGUAAACAGUCCUGCACUUCUAAAGUGUCCCCUCCUGACCUGCUUUCCUUCCUUCCUUCCCAUUUCUGCAAACUCCCCUCUACUCCCAGCUGCCUUGGCAUGGUUUUUGGGUUUGUCUCCUAACUGCUGGUCUCUGCCUAGUUGGAAAUGCAUUGGAAACCUGCCGGCACCCAGAAAAGGGCAGACUGUAGCCUGAAGAGCUUGGCAGGAGCCCCAACAGCCAGCCCUGCCCUAGGCUUUUCCAUGGACCCUCAGACCUCGGGAACAAAGGACACGCAUUCCUUUUGGGACAGUGUUCCUGUAAGCAAAGCCAGGUUGAUUUCACAUCAGCUCUGGCUUGAAAAAAAAAGUGCCUUUUGCUGCUUUGAAGAAUCGAGUAUGCAGUAUGAAGCAGCCAUGUGCUUUCAUUUUCCUGGUCUUUCCUGGGCACUGUUCUCUCUCAGCAGGUGAUUUCUUAAAGUGAACAUGCUAGAAGCCCCCCACUGUGUCCAGACUGACACAUUCUCCUUGAACACCCACUGUGCGGGCAGCCGCCAGGCCAGAGCACUUGAGACAGGCGUCUGCUGAGUUAUACUAAGCACUUUAAAACCAAAACAAGCCCACAGGGGUGGGUCAUUCUCCAUGCCUAGGUCAUUCACCCUGCCUAGGGUAAGUGCAAUGUAUCUGGAUUAAUUUGAAAGUGGCAGAUUCAUCAGGACAAAGGAAAAUUCUCCCAUGACUCAGAGAUGGCAAGGCGGCAGACAUUCCCAGUCUUCUCCCUUGGCAAGUUUGUUCUCUUGUCCUCUGUGCAAAUGGAUGGCAGCAGUGUCUGUACCUCCAGCCACAAACCCUCAAGCCUGCUUGGACAUGAGCAGAAGAUGAUGGCAAGAAGGGAGGAGGUGGUGCCAGGGUCCCGAAGCCAUGACUCUGGAUCCCAGGAAGCAGGUGAUGCUUGUGCUGUGGCCUAAGGAGAAGAGUUUUUUCUGUGGUUUGCUCACACCAGGAUUCUCCCCUGCCACUAAGAAGAAAGCAUUAUCCAUUUCCUUCAGGUAAUUUACUUGUUCUGUAAAGAAUACAUGUAAAUAUUUUGUACAGAGCCCUGUAUGAAAUAAAGAGCCAUA